CUAGGGGACGUAGUUUGCCAACUUAAAGACAUAAAGACAUUAUCCACUUUGACCACUAGGAGUCACAGUUGCUGCACAUUUGCUCAUUUGGAAGCGAGCACAGAACUUGAUCUAUUUCUUCUCAAACAAACAGAGCCUCUGUCAGUCAGCACCCAUUGAUCGCUGUGUAAACAACUGCGCCUUGUGCAAACCAGGAAGUAACGAAAAUGUACCAAAAUACUGCAGAAAUAAUAGUAAUUACAAUAUGUAAUGUUAAAUGCAUGUAAAUAGAUGGUAUCAUGUAGCUUUAGUGUUACUAUGUGCUUUCACAGUUUGGAAAAGGUGGUACAAAGCCUACAUGAGUUCCUGACAUCUGAUUGGUCCAAAAUGUUCCCUGUGCUGCCACAAUACUGCACACACGUGACCUGCCUGUUUUCACCCACUUCCACGCGUGCACUUAAAAGACAGGCCGCAGCAACACACAAACACACUUACAUAUACAAAUAUAGUCUCACACACCCACGCACACGUUUUCAGUUUGAUGUGCUGCAGGUGAGAGGAUUGAGGCUCCGUGGGCGGGACGCGGAGCAUGGCGGCGGCCGCGAGCAGCAGCACAUCCACGGCCACGCUGCACGGCAUCGAGCAGACGCGGAAACGCAUCGACCCCAGACGGAGGCAAGCGGCGCUGUCUUUCCUCACCAACAUCUCCCUGGAUGGACGACCCGUGCAGGACGCCGCAGACCACCAGGAGGAAGCCGAGGAAAGCUCGCUGGAAGCCCGGACUAGACACAGCUUCCUUGCUACGGCUGCCACCCCUGCCCCGUGUGGAGCGAUUAUAACUACCACCACCGCCGCUCCUGCUGCAACCACUUCCACCGUCCAGGCGCUCUCCUUGGGGAACCAGGCUCUCCUGGCGAGUAGCCGGACUAUUCCUUUGGCUUCGGCGGCUCCUGCUGCCGCAGAGUCCGCCGAGGGCAACGCCUUCGCUCCGGCCACUUUCAGCUCGCCUUUUACGGCGCUGCCAGCCUCGGCCAGGGGGAGACUGCAGACCUACACUCAGGGGAUCGUACCAGCACCGUACUCCAGACAAGGCUCCCAAAACUACUGCCUGGAGGGCGGCCAGAUAGCCAACUCUGCCAUAGAGCUGCAGAGAUCAAGGCGUCGACUCAUCUCGCAGCGCUCAUCAUUGGAAACCUUAGAGGACAUUGAGGAGAAUGCACCUCUGCGCAGGUGCCGAACCCUGUCAGGUUCCCCUCGACCAAAGAGCUUCAAGAAGGUCCACUUCAUUAAGAACAUGCGGCAACACGACAUGCGUAACGGAAGGAUAGUCCUAAUCAGUGGCAGAAGAUCCUUCUAUAGUGUAUUUUCAGUGCUGCCCUAUCGAGAUUGUAGCCAAGCAGGGGAUGUAAAGAUGGAGGCGGGGCGCCAGCGGCACCCGUCGGGAGGCGUCAGUGCCAAAGAGAUGGUCAUCGGGCUGGAGGGGGUGGAGCUAGGGGCUGAUGGGAAGACGGUGUCCUACACUCAGUUCUUGUACCCCACCAACGUGCUGGGUGGACGCAGGAACACCAUCGACUCCACCUCGUCCUUCUCUCAGUCUCGUAACGCCAGCCACCGCAGCCUCAGUCUGGCCCGCGCUAACAGCAACCAGAGUAGCUUGGACACAGGGAACGAUCUGAGCGACUUUCGAGAAUACGACCCUAACCUUCUAGAUGACCCCCAGUGGCCUUGUGGGAAACACAAGCGAGUGCUCAUCUUCCCUUCGUACAUGACGACGGUCAUCGAGUACGUUAAACCCUCUGACCUGAAGAAAGACAUGAACGAAACCUUCAAGGAGAAGUUCCCUCACAUUCGUCUGACUCUCAGCAAGAUCAGGAGCCUGAAGAGGGAAAUAAAGAAGUUGGCCCAGGACGAGUGCGGCUACGAGGAGCCCACGGUGGCCAUGGCUUUCGUCUACUUUGAGAAAUUGGUCCUUCAGGGAAAACUCAACAAGCAGAACCGCAAACUUUGCGCCGGAGCCUGCGUCCUCCUGGCGGCCAAGAUUGGCGGGGACCUCAAAAAGCAUGAGGUCAAGCUACUCAUAGACAAACUGGAAGAAAGGUUCCGCGUGAACCGCAGGGAGCUGAUUGCCUUCGAGUUCCCUGUGCUGGUGGCACUGGAAUUCAACUUGCACCUGCCGGAGCACGAGGUCAUGCCACACUACAGACGCCUGCUGCAGACCUCCUAGCGUUGGUGGGCUGUCAGGGGGACCGACGCCCCCUGAUUGCUUCCACCCUCCUCCUUGCAGUGUGCAGUCAUUUUGUAUAUUUUAGACUUCGAGGACUUGUUUUUUUUCACCAUUUUUUAAAUCAUCAAUCUGCUUUGUUUUGUGACUGCUUGUGACUCAGAGGGACUCAUCUCAUCUUCUUAAAAAGUGCACUUUUUUCCAGAAAAUUUCAAUUUUUUUUAACACGCUCUGGAACUAAUCGUGACAAUUUGUUCCACGGACCUUUUUUCUGGGACUAUUGUGCUCGCUUUUGUAGUAUCUUCAUGAGAAAGUCCUUUCUUUUCUUUUUCCAUCGUGCUAUUCCAAUCACUUUAAGCAGUGUCUAAUCUCCGUGCUCUAUGUUAGAGUGUAUUGCUAGCACCUUAAGGUGCUGUAAGGGCGCUCAGGAUGGUUGCAAAAAUAGAAAAUAUUCAAAUAAAUAAGACUUCUUUGGCAUGUGUCUUCGUAUUAAAAAGACCACCACACAUGUACAUAUCACUCAAAAGUUUAGACACACUUUUUCAUGCUAUUCAAUGACAACGCGUUCAAACUUUUGCCAUUUGAUCUGAUAUUUGCAGGAGAAAAAAAACUAAAUCACCGAAUUGUAACAAUGGGAAUGUAGGUUUUUGCUGAUUUUAAAGUGAGCAAAAUAGAAUUGUUUAUGCUGGCAAGCCCAAAGAUUUAUAACACUAAAGAAGAACUGAUGGGCAACAAUUCUUGCUUGUUUUGUUGUAAAUAAAUCACUUUUGCUUGUCUGAACAAGGAGUGAGCUGUGUGAUU